AUGGGAAACAACCCAGAAAUCGUGCAAGAAAUUGAAGAGGAAGAAGAUGGUCCACCGCCUGGGUUUCAGUCCAUCAUCACUCCGCAGCCACCCCAGCAGAAUUUUCCGUCUGACAAAGCUGAAGCCUUUGACGAAAGUGGCGGUGAAGAAGAAGGUCCUCCGCCUGGGUUCCACCCUAUCAAUCUGCCUCCGCCACCGUCACAGCCAUCUUCCGAUAUGGAAAUAGGGAGCAAACAAAAUGACAUCGAAGACGAAAAAGAUGGGCCCCCACCAGGAUGGGAAUCUAAUACUCUUUCUCAAGUGUUACCAUCAAUACCACCAUCAAAUACAGCAGAUAUUGAAAUGAGGGGCAAACAAGAUGGCAUUCAAGAUGGCGGGGAAGGUCCCCCACCAGGGUGGGAAUUUAGUUCUCUUUCUCAAGUAUUAGCAUCAAAAUCAAAAUCAAAAUCAAAUACAGCAGAUAUGGAAAUGAGGGGCAAACGAGAUGGAUUUGAAGAUGACGUAGAUGGGCCCCCUCCAGGAUGGGAAUUUCGUUCUCUUUCUCAAGCAUUACCAUCAGAACCCACUAUGGAUACAGCAGAGAUUAAAGUGGAGAGCAAUGAACUGCAUGAUGUUGAAGAUGAUGGCCCCCCACCUGGAUGGGAAACAACUUUUCCACAUCAGAUGCUGCCGCCAUACAAACCACCAUUGCAGCCAUCAUUAUCUGUUUCUUCUGGAAACGAAAUGGGGAGCAAAAGAGAGAGAAAAAAUGAUGAUGAAGGACGUCCAUCAGGGUCUCAACCCGAAUCCAUGCCAGAACAAUUGUCACCACCUACCCCCCCACCACAGUUGCUGCCAUCAUCAGCACCCCCUGCUGAUAUAAAAUUGGGGAGCAGAGAAGUUGAGAUUAAGAAUGGGGGCAAAAAGCCUGCGUCUGUACCUUCUCCACAGAAACUACAACCGAGGACUCUUCCAUCCCCACCACCACCUGUGGCAUCAUCACCUUCUGGUCAAUCUACAGAAAAGGCUCAAUUGGUUUGUGGAACUUGCCGCAAAUUGCUUUUGUAUCCGCGAGGAGCAAAAUGGGUCCAAUGUCCAGGCUGCCAGGAAGUCAAUUUUGUCUUAGAAGCCCAUCAAAUUGGACAAGUUAAUUGUGGGGGUUGUACAGUUUUACUUAUGUACCCACAUGGAGCACCAGCGGUUCAGUGUUCUUCUUGCCAUUUCGUGACACAAAUUGGAGCACACAACAGGCGACCUCCCCUUUCUGUUCAACAGGCUCAGAGACGGCGUCGUGCCAACAGAGGUCGUUAG